AAAAUGUUAAUUUAAUAUACACGCCAAUUAUUGACAAGUCAUCAGUCAUCACGGACAAUUCUUUUGUGCCGACAGUUGAUUCUUAAAUUAGAUUUUAAAUCCAAAUGAACCAAAUUCACAAAAGCGUCAUUAAUCAUAAAUCAUAAUAUUAUAUAGGUACAUCUUGAACCCUUAUACGCAUCUAAUAUUGCAAUGUUCACGCGUCCUCCUACUCAAGUUCAACAACCGUCUCGAAUGUGAUGAUGAUGACUGGUUCACACCCAUUGUUGGAGGUUGAUUGGUACGCGAAGUUCAUUGUCUAAUGAUACAUAACGAUAAAAAAACCGUUGUAAAUACUUUGAAGGAUAUAUUGGGUCUUCGUGAACCUCCUAUAAAAGUCACUGUACAAUUUGCAUUCCCAGUCAGUAUUCAUUUAGAAGCUCGAAAAUAUACACUACACAGCAACUACCUACAACCAUUAUAUACAAUGAUAAUCCAAGUAUUUUCAAUUCUGUUGGUGAUCAUAUCCGGCAUCCUUUGCAGUGGGACGCAACAAGGAGUAUCCAGUACCCAAACUGGUCAGACAUUGCAAGUACAGCCCAAUGUCAGAAAGUACAACAAACACACUGCCACGGAAAAACCUUGUACCACUGCAGGCUCGCCGACGGGCACGCGAAAGGACAAACCGGACAACUAUUCGGACGCACAGGACUACGUGCCCAUAGGCGGCGUGGCCGGUCCCGGAUAUCCAUACCCGUACCCGUACCCUUACCAACCAUUGGGCCCUUACCAACCUGCAGUCGGGCCUUAUCUACAGCCGGGCGGCCCUGUGCUAGUGCCGAGCGGAAACCCGUACCGGCCGCUGCAGUACCCGUACGAACCACAGUACGCCGUGGACGGGGCACCACCACCACCGUACAACUACGCCCCUUACUACCCCGCCGGGCCACAGUACGUCACAGCGCCGCCGCCGUACUAUCCCGCCGCACAGCAACCGCUUUACGAACAACAGGCGACCGUCGUGGACGCGUACCGCUCACCGUUGUAUCCGCCGCAACCGGCUGAUCAGUCGCAGUUUUUCAGACAGCCCGCCGCCGCCGGAGGUUUACCGCCGUACUACUCGUCGCCGCACUUCAGAGCCCAUGCGUACAACAGACCACCGCCGUUUCUCCAGCAACGAGACACCGCAGCCGCUCCAUAUUUUCAGCAACGGGACGCCCCAUUUCUCCAGCAACGGGACGCCGCAGCUGCCCCUGCCGCUCCUGCUGCCGCUACCGCCGCAGCCACCAACAACGCCGAACCGCAGUACGAACAACAACAGUCCGGACCGUUCGACGGCAACCAGUUUCAUUACUAACGCCACCGAUCGUAUUAAAAACGUUUACUACCUGGUAACCGAUGCGCCUCAUAAUAGACUUGGAUUGAUUCUGUACAUUAUUCGCAAUACCAUAAUCCAUUGAAAGUCUGCCGGCUGCAGCACCAUAGUCUAAACAGUCUCAAUAAUAUAGGUAUUAUGGAUUAAUAAAAUUAAAUAAAAAUAUUAAAAUUUAAGUAUAUGGGUAUUAUGCAGAUGUACGGAGUGACACUAUACAUAGGUACACGGAUUUAGGUAAGCACUAAGCAGUGUUAUCUAUAAUAUUUCCGGGAAUUAUAAUAUACCUAUAAUUGUUUCCUGAACCGAUAAUAUUCCAUUGGUUUUAAAAUAUUUUUGUGAGUUCGGUGCCACUGCAUUUAAUAUCAUGGGUUAUAUUAUAGUUAUAGUACUUAUGGGUUAGUUACUUAUGGGUAGGUAAUGAUAUUUUAUUAAUCAUGUAUUCUACAUAAGACAUUAUUGCCAUACAUUUUAAAUCCUAUAAGUUUACUUAAUUAUACAUAAUAUUAUAUAAAUUAUAUGUUUUGUUUGAUGAUAUAUAUAUAUGUAUGUAAUAUGUAUUAUAUUAAUAUACAAGCAAUAAUCAUUGAUCACUGUAUUUUAUACCGAGUAAUUUAUAAACGGUAUUAUGUAUAAUGUUAUUAUUACGAGUUGUGGCUUUAUUUUUCCAAUUAAAUACAAACAUACUAAUAUA